GAAAAAUAACUAUAAUUAUAAUUAUAAAAAUAAGAAAAGGUGUUCACCUAGAAAUAACGCAGAACAACCUCUUCAACUGAUCAUCUUCAUCAUCUCCAAUUUCUCUCUCCUCUUUCAACUUUUUUAGAUCAGAUAAACUUUUUUCUUUUGUUAAUUUCAACAAUCAAUCAUGGUGGAAACUCGUCGAAGUUCUUCUUCAUCCAAACGUCCUCUUGAUUCUUCUUUACCUUCUUCAUCUAAACGUCCAAAGGAAUCGGAGGAAUCUUCAUCUACAGAUGAUAAGUCUGUUUCUCAUCAACCUGUUGAAGGAUUGGAAACUAAUCAUGAAGUUGGAUCUGGUGAUCUUCCUCCUACGGAAUCUAUUAUUCCACCAGAUUUGAAUUAUUCUGAUAAAUCUACACCUGAAGAGGUUGAAGUCAAAGAGGAUACAGUGGUAGAUGAGAAAGAAAACAAGUCAGCCGUCAAGCGUCUGCGACCUAAAAAGAAUAUUCGAACCGAGUCCCCUACAUGGGGGCAGCUCAUUUCUCAAUUCUCCCAGAAUCAGCAUGUGGAUCUUCGUGGCUCCCCAUUUACUGUUGGGCAUGGCCGUCAAUGCAAUCUCUGCUUAAAUGAUGCAUCUAUUAGUAAAGUACUGUGCAAAUUACUGCCCACAGAGCGAGGGGAUUCGUCUAUCGUCAAACUAGAAAUUACAGGUGGAAAAGGUGCUGUGCAAAUAAAUGGCAAGUAUCAUUACAAGAGCUCCUCUCCACUGACUCUAACUGCUGGUGAUGAAUUGAUUUUUGGUUCUGCUGGGAAGAAUGCUUAUAUUCUCCACCAACUUUCAAAGGACACUUUGACUACUCCUGGUUUGCCAACUUCACUGGCUAUAUUAGAAGCUCAGAGUGCCCCAACCACAGGGAAAGACAUGAAAUCAAGAGGAAGGGAUUCACCCUCAUCUACUGUUGCUGGAGCAUCAAUACUAGCUUCUUUGUCAACCUACAACAAACGUUUAUCACGUUUGCCUCCUUCAAAAGGCAACGAGGAGGACUCAAAUAUGGGUUCACUCUCUGGGGCAUCAGAUAAUGGUAUAUGUGAUGUUUACAUGAAUGAUAGCAUGGAUUUCGAGGAACUUAAUGAUGCUUCUUUGAAUCCAAAGGAAGCGGGUCCUGCAUCUGAUGAACAUUUGAAUGUUGAUGAUCUGACAACGGCUACUGCCUUGGAUACUGAAGAAGCUGCGAUCCCCGGCACAAAAAAUAAUGAACUCAGGCCUCUCUUGCAGUUGCUUGCAAGGACAACUGCAUCUGAUUUUGAUUUUAGUGGCAGCCUCUCAAAAUUGUUGGAAGAGCAAAGGCAACUAAGGGAGUUACUUAAGGAUCUUGAGCGCCCUACUAUUGCAUCAACCAGACGCCAAACCUAUAAAGAAGCUUUACGCAGGACCAUUCUUUUGCCCACGGAUAUAGAUGUGUCCUUGGAGAAUUUCCCUUAUUAUUUAAGUGAAACUACCAAAAAUGUCUUGGUUGCUGCUGUAUACAUACCCUUAAUGUGUAGCAAAAUGGUGAAGUAUGCAACCGAGCUCCCUACGGUGUGCCCCAAGAUACUCUUAAUUGGACCUGCAGGUUCAGAGAUAUAUCAGGAAACUUUGGCAAAGGCUCUGGCCAAGCACUUUAGUGCUAGACUUCUUGUAGUUGAUAGUCUUCUUUUUCCUGGGGGAUCGACUGUAAAAGAAGCUGACACUUCCAAAGAACAUUCUAGACCUGAGAAAGUUAGCAUUUAUGCAAAACGAUCAUCAGUUGUCGCUUCUUUACGAUACAAGAAACAAGCCUCAAGUGUUGAGGGGGACAUGAAUACUGGAUCCGCUUUUGCAACCCAGCGCCUCCCAAAGCAAGAAGCAUCUACUGCAUCCUCUAAAAAAUACACCUUUAAAGAAGGUGAUAGAGUAAAAUAUGUAGGCCCAGUAGCUUCUACAGCUCCACCUGUAUCACCUUUGAGGGGGCCGGCAUAUGGAAAUCGAGGGAAGGUUGUCCUUGUCUAUAAGGGAAAUGAGUCAUCUAAGAUUGGGGUUAGAUUUGACGAUACCGUUCCCGAAGGAAACAAUCUUGGAGGCCGUUGUGAAAAUGGUCAUGGUUUUUUUUGUGCAGCUGACGUGUUGUGCUUGGAAAGUUCGGGUGGUGAUGAUGCGGAUAGACUUGCAGUGAAUGAAAUUUUGGAGGUUGUGAAAGAUGAAUGUAAAAAUGGCCCUAUGAUUUUGUUUAUGAAAGAUAUGGAGAAAAGCAUGGCAGGGAAUCCUGAGGCUUAUACAGAGUUAAAAAGCAAGCUUGAAAAUAUGCCUGAUAAUUUAGUUGUGGUUGCCUCCCACACUCAAGCAGACAGCCGCAAAGAGAAGUCUCAUCCAGGCAGUUUGCUGUUUACAAAAUUUGGCAGCAAUCAUACAGCUUUGCUUGAUCUUGCUUUUCCGGAUAGUUUUGGCCGGUUAAGUGAUAGAAAUAACAAGGACACAUCAAAGGCAAUGAAGCAUCUUACUCGCAUAUUCACAAAUAGAAUUACCAUACAAAUGCCUCAGGAUGAGAAUCUGCUGUUAGAUUGGAAGCAGAAGCUGGAACGUGACAUGGAAACUCUAAAAGCACAGUCGAAUAGUGUUAGCAUUCAAUCUGUGUUGAGCCGCAUUGGAAUCGAGUGCCAUGACAUUGAGACCUUAUCUAUUAAGGAUCAAGCUCUUUCAAGUGAAAGUGUGGAGAAAGUAAUUGGCUGGGCUUUAGCUCAUCACUUCAUGCAUUGUGCUGAAGCUUCAAUAAAUGACUCAAAAGUUGUUAUUUCUAGCGAAAGCAUCAGGCAUGGACUUGGUAUUUUGCACGGUGUCCAAAAUGAAAACAAGAGUACUAAGAAGUCCUUGAAGGAUGUUGUUACUGAGAAUGAAUUUGAAAAGAAGCUCCUAGCGGAUGUCAUUCCGGCUAAUGAAAUUGGAGUAACUUUUGACGACAUUGGCGCCUUGGAAAAUGUUAAAGAUACACUAAAGGAACUAGUGAUGUUACCACUUCAAAGGCCAGAGUUAUUUUCGAAAGGACAAUUAACAAAGCCUUGCAAGGGAAUACUGCUUUUUGGCCCCCCUGGUACUGGAAAAACAAUGCUUGCAAAAGCAGUUGCAACAGAAGCUGGUGCAAAUUUCAUAAAUAUAUCAAUGUCGAGCAUUACAUCGAAGUGGUUCGGUGAAGGAGAAAAAUAUGUGAAAGCUGUUUUUUCACUGGCUAGUAAAAUUUCUCCCAGUGUCAUUUUUGUUGAUGAGGUUGACAGUAUGUUAGGAAGACGUGAAAAUCCUGGGGAGCAUGAAGCUAUGAGGAAGAUGAAAAACGAGUUCAUGGUGAAUUGGGAUGGUUUGCGUACAAAAGAUAAAGAACGUGUUUUGGUGCUCGCUGCAACAAAUAGGCCUUUUGACCUGGAUGAAGCUGUUAUCAGGAGGCUACCUCGGAGAUUGAUGGUCGGCUUGCCAGAUGCACCUUGUAGGCAGAAAAUUUUGGGUGUAAUUUUGGCCAAAGAAGAGUUGGCACCUGAUGUUGAUCUGGCUGUGGUGGCUAAUAUGACCGAUGGAUACUCUGGAAGUGACUUGAAGAAUCUUUGUGUAACUGCAGCCUAUUGUCCCAUCCGAGAAAUAUUAGGAAAGGAGAAAAAGGAAAAAGCUUUGGCUUCAACUGGGAACAUAUCGCCUUCCUUAUAUAGUGGCGAUGAUGUUCGUCCUUUGAACAUGAGUGAUUUUAAAUAUGCACAGGAACAGGUGUGUGCAAGCUUUUCGGCAGAGUCCACUAAUAUGAGUGAGCUGCAGCAAUGGAAUGAACUUUAUGGUGAAGGUGGAUCGAGGAAGAAAAACUCCCUCAGCUAUUUCAUGUAGAUGAGUAUUUAUUUUUGUGUAGUAAGAUCGUGAAUAGUCAAGCAGCCGCUCGAAUUUUCCCAUCAUUUUCCUUGACCAACUGAGACCAACAUGCUGGUGACUUCCAUUCGUAACGUCCCUGCGCAAACGCAGUUGUGCAUCUUCUAUGUAUCAUAUUUAGCCAGAUCCCCCCCUCCCUUCCCUCCUCUCCGUUUCGACCCAAAUGUAUAGUGAUCUCAAUUUAUAGGUCGCGUUUUUAUCAUUCUCAGCAACUUUUAAUUUUGGCAUAAACGGCCUGCCUCACCUAUUUGCUGUAUAUACUAUCUGAUUCCUGAGUAUAUUUAUUUAUUAAUAAGCAAACAUGGUAUUUUAUCUGUACAGUAACAUUAUUUAACUAAUUCUAUACCUUGAUAUGUUAGUGUUGCUGUGUGGUAUUAUGCUUCUGUGUCACAUUUAACUUGAAGUAUGUAAAUGUAAAUUAUUAUGUUUUUUGGGAUUC